AUGAAGAUUCAAGAAUAUGUUUCGAAGAUAUUGUUACUCAAAAUUAUCCUUAUUAAAAGUAUACAACCGAAAGAUUCCGUUUUCACCAAGCUUUCGUACAAGUUGAAAGAGUAUGGAAACCAUACCUGCGUUGUUGAUGAGCCAGACGAAGUUUUCACGUUUCAGAAGAAUGAUUCUCAACUGAAAUGCGCUUCCAUUUGCCUGAAAACCAACAACUGCAUUGGAUUCAACUACCAUCAGAACAACAACACCUGCCAGAUACAUAAGAAUAAGUUAAACAUCAACAUGGAAUAUGGGGAAUGGACAAGCUGCUCAUUUUAUCAGAACAACUUUUUUGACAACAUCAAUGUUGCAAGCAUAGAACCGAACUAUCUUGGUUGCUAUGCGGAUUCUUCGACUCCAAGAGACCUGUCUGGAUACCUGAUUUACAGUAAUGAAUUGACGCAUAACAGUUGCUGGAAUGUAUGCUUCAACCAGAAAUUUCAAUAUUUCGGUGUUCAGAAUCAAAUAGGAUGUUAUUGCGGAAAUUUUUACGGACGAUAUGGUCUGACAACUGGCUGCAACGAAUUGUGUUCUGGUUCCCCGUCAGAGCUCUGCGGGGGAUUUUCUAUGAGCAGUGUAUUCAGAGGUAACAUUAGUUUAUUUCUUCAAAUGUGA